ACGGGUCCGUCGUUUGACAGCUCGAUCACGGUGGUGUGCGCGCGACGUACGUACGCUCGUAUCCGUUUGCGCCGCGUUUCCUCAUCUCCCACUGGUCGCGAUCUUCGAUCGCGGUGAGACGACGCUCUCUAGAGAGACGGGGGUAGUAACGAUAACGAACGAUAACGAGAAGUUACAAAGAAGCCUCUCCCUAAGUCGCUGACGACGACUAUGUCGGCGAUGCCGCGAUGCGGCUACGCUUCGGCUCGCCGGCACUCACGAUGGUGCCUAGUUGUGGCGAAACGAGAUCAGUAGUGAUGUGCCUAAAAGCGGACGCGAUUACGCGAUCGACGUGCGUGGAAAUGACAUUGUGUCUGAGAAAAUGAGAGGGAAAUGAGAGUGCAACUCUCGUGGAGAGUUCUUAACUAAUUAAGAGUCAGGAAGAUUGUAAUUUCUCAAGAGCGAAGGAGAGAGAACGAAGGUAAAAGAGAACGAAAGAGGAGAACUACGUUCUUCCUUCCGUUCCCGGAGUGAUUCGUGGGGAUCGCGUGAAAGAAACGAAAGGCAACCGGCCGAUCGAUGUGUUAUUUGUGAUGGGAGUGCCUGCGCGGGGAGCACUCGCGGCGAUCGUGGCUGUAACCGCGCUCGCCGUGUAUCUCAACAGUCUUGGAUGCGGUUUCGUCUUCGACGAUAUUUCGGCGAUCAAGGAUAACCGCGACCUCAGGCCCCAUACGCCCCUCAAGAAUGUCUUCUACAACGACUUCUGGGGUACCCCGAUGCACAAGGAACAGUCGCACAAAUCUUAUAGACCACUUUGCGUUCUCACAUUUCGAUGGAAUUACCUGAUUCAUCAACUAGAUCCUAUGGGAUAUCACCUGCUAAAUGUUAUUCUACAUGUUGGAGUAUGUCUAUUAUAUUUCAGGACCUGUUUGAUGUUUCUACCAGAUGCAGCAAGUUUUGUGUCAUCUUUAUUUUUUGCUGUACAUCCUAUACACACAGAAGCAGUCACAGGUGUAGUUGGUAGGGCAGAAACUUUAUCCUCUUUAUUUUAUCUGGCAGCUUUAAUCACGUACACUAAAUGUUGCAAAAGCAAGAGAUCUACAGGGUGGAAAUCCUUGAUGUUAUCUAUGUUUUUUGUAUUUACUGCAAUGUUGUGCAAGGAACAAGGAAUUACAGCCACAGCAGUUUGUGUAUUGUAUGAAAUUUUUGUUGUACAAAAGGUUAGAGCAAGGGAUAUUUUCUUAGCACUAAAGUCAGCUUUUGGUGGUAAUAAAAUUUCACCUGCAUGGUCAGGCGAGGGUACAAAGCGUUUGACCGCUCUUACACUUGUUACAUUUAGCCUGCUUAUUCUACGGUUACAUAUAAUGGGCUCAAAGUUACCUGUAUUUACCAGAUUCGACAAUCCUGCAUCAGUUGCUGUGACACCAACAAGACAGCUUACAUAUAAUUAUCUUGCUGCAGUGAAUCUAAGACUGCUAUUUCUUCCAAGUGAUUUAUGCUGUGAUUGGACAAUGGGGACGAUACCAUUAGUAGAAAGCUUUGCCGAUGUUCGUAAUCUCGCAACUUUAGGUACUCAUGGAACUGUAUUAGGAUUGCUUGUGACAGCUGUUGUAACACGUAGCAGACAAACGUCAGUUAUUCUCAUUAUGAGUUUAGCUAUGAUGAUACUCCCUUUUUUACCUGCGUCGAAUCUUUUUUUCCCGGUUGGAUUUGUAAUUGCUGAAAGAGUGUUGUACGCACCAUCCAUGGGUUUUUGCAUGCUUAUUGGAUAUGGAUGGAGCAUUUUAGCAGACAAGAAAUGCAAGAAACUGGUGUUAUUUUUACUUAUAACGCUUCUGGCAGCGCAUACGACGAAAACAUUUGUUAGAAAUUACGAUUGGUUAGAUGAAUAUUCGAUAUUCAUGUCUGGCUUGAAAGUAAACGAUAGAAAUGCCAAAUUAUUUAAUAAUGUAGGUCAUGCAUUGGAAAGCCAAGGUCGUUUUAAAGAAGCAUUAAAUUUUUUUAAUAUGGCUGUACAAGUUCAGGGCGAUGAUAUCGGAGCACACAUUAAUGUCGGACGAACAUAUAAUCAUCUGAAAAUGUUCAAGGAAGCUGAAGAUGCGUAUUUAAAAGCCAAGUCAUUAUUACCAAAAGCGAAACCGGGAGAAUCUUAUCAAGCGCGUAUAGCACCAAAUCAUUUAAAUGUGUUUGUUAAUUUGGCCAAUUUAAUAGCUAAGAAUGCAACUAGAUUAGAAGAGGCUGAUUUAUUAUACAGACAAGCGAUCAGUAUGCGCGCGGAUUAUACUCAAGCAUAUAUUAAUCGCGGCGAUGUUUUAAUUAAACUUAAUCGUACAAAGGAAGCUCAAGAAGUUUAUGAGCGAGCACUAUUUUAUGACAGUAAUAAUCCUGAUAUCUAUUAUAAUCUUGGUGUUGUAUUUUUGGAACAAGGAAAAGCAUCUCAAGCUUUGGCAUAUUUGGAUAAAGCUUUAGAGUUUGAUCCAGAACAUGAACAAGCAUUACUGAACUCUGCUAUAUUACUUCAAGAAUUGGGACGAGCAGAAUUACGUAAAGUAGCUAGAGAGAGACUUCUGAAGCUUUUACGGAAGGAUUCUAAUAACGAGCGUGUACAUUUCAAUUUGGGAAUGUUGGCCAUGGAUGAUCACGACAGUGCUAGCGCGGAACGUUGGUUUCGCAAUGCCGUUGCGUUGAAGGAAGACUUCCGUUCUGCGUUGUUCAACCUCGCAUUGCUAUUGGCAGAUGAGCAGCGUCCGCUCGAAGCAGCACCAUUUCUGAAUCAAUUGGUCAGAUUUCAUCCUGAUCAUGUGAAAGGCCUAAUCCUUUUAGGGGACAUUUAUAUCAAUAACAUAAAGGAUUUAGAUGCUGCAGAAAAUUGUUAUCGCAGAAUAUUGCAAUUGGAUCCUACCAAUAUUCAAGGAUUGCAUAAUUUAUGCGUCGUGAUGGUGGAACGGGGUAAAUUGGGUUUAGCAGCGCAGUGUCUGGAACACGCAGCCGCUCUAGCACCACAUCAGGAUUACGUGCAGAGGCAUCUUUCGAUCGUGAGAACCCGUAUUAGUCGUCUACCACCGGAUCAGCGCGAUACCGAUGUUUUCGAUGAUUCCUUUUGGAGCAGUAAUGUGAAGGACAGACCUUUCAAUACCGUCGAGCCAUCAAACGGACAGUUUAUAGAAAAGACCGAGUCCGUUUUUUCGAAUCACGCGACAGUUCACAAUCACAUAGGAAGUAAGCAGAGCAAUAUCGAUUCCCUGAAUAAUCACAUUAUACAUUUAAAGGGUCCAUCAAAACCUGCCCGAGCGAUGAGCGGUGCCAGUAUGACGGAAACAAAAGAACAGAAUCCCAAACAAGCAACAGUCCCUGAAUUGAGUAAAAUUGUGGAACCUACCACGGACAGGGUUUUCGAUAGGGUUAUAAGUGCUGAUAUAACGAAAUUAGAUAUCACGCAGAAACACGGCUCGAAACAUGCGACAUCCGACCAGUUCAAUCAGAGUGCCGCCACAACGAUCAGCAGCAAACAAGGAAUGAAGCAAACAAAAGACAGCGCGUUGUCAUAGUAUUAAUGUAAAAUCCGCCGAAUACUGUAAAGUUAUAUGCAUAUAACGAAAGAUUAUGGUGGUACAGUCAUAUAGAGCUAAUGUGUGAAUAUAAAAUAAAUACAGAGUAUUGUUUUAUAUGCUGUAUAAAAAUAGGACAUUUUAUAAAAUAUAUUUAAAAGAAUUGUG